UUAAACACAAGAAGAAGAAGAAGAAGAAGAAGAAGAAGAAGAAGACGAAGACGAAGACGUUGGUUUUAGAUGUGUUGAUAGUGUGACAGAUCUUCAGGAUGCUGUUGGUUUUGUCUGAGGAUCAUAAGGCACACCUGAGCUUUCUGACCAAGGCUGACGGUUCUGUGAUUGAAGAGUUUGGUCGCAUUGCACUAGAGUUCUUGAGGAAAGGAGCCAACCCAAAGAUCUAUGAGGGGGCAGCCAGGAAGCUCUGUGUUCCUGUUGGGAUGGUGCAGCAUGGAGUGGAAGGUCUAAUGUUCCUGAUGACUGAGAGCUCUAAACACAUGAUUUCUGAAGUGGAUUUCAUGGACUCUGUUAUAACUCUGGGGUUUGGCGAAGAGCUUAAUCAGAGUUUGUUGCAGCUGUAUAUGCGGCACAAACACCAGGUUCGCAGCAUCUUGAGCCAGCUGCUCUGCAAUCAGCCAGCCUACCACAAUCUGGAAUGGAGACUGGAUGUACAGUUGGCAAGUCGUUCAGUUCGUCAGCAGAUCAUUCCCAUGGUGACCAUUCGCCUUCUCUUGACAAGUUAUGAUGCAAACAGCACCCACAGCUGCAUGGAUCUCCAGACGGAUCCCAGCACUCUCCUGCAUGUGAUCUCCACACUUGAGGCGGCUUUAGCUGCUAUGAAAACCAGUCAUGCUAGGCGGAUUUUACGAAACAUUAAAUAACUCCUCCAGAAUG